AUGGCACCAGUCACCUCCCUCACCGUCGGCGUGCUUGCCCUCCAAGGCGGCUUCCACGAACACCUCAACCUCCUCCGGAAAGCGGCCGCCCGGUUAGCCUCGGCGCACCCGGACUCCUCCUCUCCAACCGUCAACGUCGUCGAAGUGCGCACCGCUGCCCAGUUGGCUCAGUGCGAUGCCCUCGUUAUCCCCGGCGGCGAGAGCACGACCAUCUCGCUCAUCGCUACCCAGACGGGGCUCAUGGAGCCUUUGAGAGAGUUUGUAAAAGUAUCUCGCAAACCAACAUGGGGAACCUGCGCCGGCAUGAUCCUCCUAGCAGACGAAGCCAACGCCACAAAAAAGGGCGGCCAAGAACUCAUCGGCGGUCUCGCCGUUCGCGUGCGCCGGAACCACUUCGGUCGUCAGAUUGAGAGCUUCAUCACCGAUCUAGAUCUCCCCUUCCUCGCCGACGGCGCUGCUACGACCAAUGGCAACGGCGCGGCGGCAAAGUACCAGGGCGUGUUCAUCCGCGCGCCCAUCGUCGAGGAGGUCCUCAAGCCCGCAACGGAUGGCGGGAAGGACUCGGCCGAGAAUGUCGAGGUCCUUGCUGUGCUUCCCGGAAGGGUAGACAAGGCCGCGCAGGGUGAGGAGGGUCAUGCGGGGGAUAUCGUUGCUGUGAGGCAGGGGAAUAUUCUGGGGAUGAGCUUCCAUCCGGAACUUACCGCUGAUGAGCGGAUUCAUGCUUGGUGGUUGAGGCAGGUUAUUGAGGCGGUUGAGAAGAGGUGA